ACAAAAUAUUAAUCACCAUGUUUUCAUUCGCAUUCAUGUAGAGCUAAAACUCACCGUAAUAUCACUUUAGCCACAAUUGAUCAACUGGUUCGAAUCCUUUACAUGAUAUAAUUUACAUAACAAUCACUUACUCUCUGCGAUUGCAUUGUCCGUUGUGAUGAGUAAUAGCGUUUAUUUACCUUGGUGAUCGGUAUGCAGAGCGGCGAAGGUUGUUGACGAUCGCGAGCCGCACGCGCCCCGAAAUCCUAACUUGUAAACAACUGAAGCAUUAACAACAAUUAGAAACAACCGACCCACGCACCACGCGACAUUGCGUCACGUUGACAAACCCAACUGUGCCAUUGGAUUGGCAGGUUCAGUCUCCAACGACCGCCGACACCAUACACACACAAACAUGUGGUCUACAGUCCUCAUUGUAGCCCUAGCGGUGGUCGCAACAGAACAAUCAGACUACCCAUCCUUCCACACGGAGUAUAGUGACGGAGUAAGAAGCCUGGGAUAUGAAGUAAUAUACGGCAAUGAAGACUUGACGGUUAUAAACGAGGUUGUAAGGUCGGUAGAGAAGAAACCAAUAAUCAAAAGGGAUGACGUAAAGAACACCAUCCACCCCCUGCCCGCAGACGACGUCAAAUGCCUCAUGUCCGUUGACCGAUACUGCUCGAAGGAUAUGAUGCAAAUGAAAAGUGUUCUCAUCCAAGCAGUGAAGGAGGAUUGUAAAAAAUGCACGACGAAGCAGAAAGACGACGCUGGGAAGGUGAUCGCGUCGAUGUUGGCCCACGACCCUGUAGCCUGGAAGCUCUUCCUCACAAGGUACGACGGCCUCCCGAAGGUUCAGAAGAUUCUUGGAUAAUGCACAACAUUCAUGCGUUAGGUAGGUGCAUUACGUGUUCGGUGUUAUUGAUUGUGCUAGACUUCUUUGACGUUCUGAUUACGAGUCCAGUAAACAGCUGCUACCCGAAUUGUCCAAUAUUUUCCUAUAUUCCUAACAUGAUUAAUCUUUCGAAUGCCGGAACGCGGAUCUCGACCAGACACAAUGUAAAAUCUAUUGUGUCUGGUAUCUCGGCAUAUGAGAGGUUAAUUCAAAAAUGUUUUAAAUUGUAAUCAUUUUUUGAGUUUUGUGUAUGUCGUACAUGGUCACGAUUGUGUUUGACACUCAUAAUGUGUUUGGAGCUCAUUUUAAAUUAAGAAUUAUUGCUACUCUCGUUUCGUGUUUGGAUAUGUUAAAGAAGUUUAGCGUAAUUUGAUAUACUUAAGGUUGUUGUUUCGAAUUUGCUGCACACUCAUGUUUCCCUCAUAUGAAGUCAGUAUAGAAUUUUGUCAAGAUCAAGACCCUCCUGUCUGUUAAUAACCUACCUACUUAUUAGGCUCAAGUACAAUAUGCAUACACACAUGUCUAUUAUCAACAUAAAUAAAUUCAUAAGCAAUUUUAAUCCGAGUUCAUAGGUACUUACACGUCAUUUUUUUAUGUCUAAAUGCCCAACUUUGCGCAGCAAAUUCAAAACAAACUUCACAAUCAUGACAUUCACAAACCCAUGCUGAAUCGUUUUUAUAGGUGCGCGUUACUUAUAAACGACAUGAAAAAAUCAAAGAAAGUACGCACUAAACGAGAAAAGCCGCCGAAAUAUAAAGUAGUGGGGGAGCCAGAAGAAAUAGAUAACAGGCAGUUUAGAAAGGUGAUGCCUGGAGUCACCGUUAGGGUCAAAAGGUACAAAAUGAUAAAGGUGGCGUAAGCGUCUGUACUUAAUUAGUUUUUUGGUGGGUUAAUGCCAUCGAAAUUCCCAUUUAAUACCUUUUUUUUCUGUACCUAAAUUUAUACACAAUAAAAAUAUUUAUCUUUAUCUUUUAUCUUUACCAUAUAAACCAUACCAUACCACACCAGACUAAUACCAUAUACAGGUUGUUAGUGACAUCGUAACAAAUACUGAGGGCUCGAGGGGGAAGAUUCAGACCAUGAUUCUGAAUUAAUAUCAAGUGGAAUUUUCCAACGCAAAAUUAAUAAAUUUUUUCCUGAAAUUUUCCUGUUUUUUUAAGUUAUUUUCCGUUCCAUACUUUUGCGACGGAAAAUUCCAGUUGAUAUCAACUCAGAAUCAUGGCCUGAAUCAUUCCUCAAAGUUUUAGCUACGAUGCAAUGUCACUAACAUCCUGUAUACCGUACUUAUAUACUUUAUUAUGUCACCUCUUCUGACAUACAACGUCAUCACCGGUUUCAAGGAGUUAGAAGUUUUUGAAUAAACUUAUGAAAAGGUUACACCCGGUUGUUUUUAAGGUAUUUUCAUUUGCAAUAGUCAAAUAAGACGAGUGUAAAAAACAAAUUGUAAUAAGAUAUAUAGAUACAUAACAUAAGUUACACAUAUUUGCAACUGUAUAUUAAAACAGUUAGGGCGUAGGAUUCGAUUGAUCGUCCUUAGAUAUUUUUUUUGUAGUGACCUAAUCUAGGAUAACUCAGAUGACGUUAACUUGGCCGCAAUAGACCUAAGUAAAUGACACUAAGAUCUAAUAUGGUACUUUAUUUUAAAUCACGUCGAUAAUAGAAAGGUUAAUGCCAUUUAUUAAUGUUAUCUUAAUCCUUAAGUUUAGAACCUUACAUUGCACAAUUUGUAAUUAUAGCUUUUAUAUAAGUUUUUAAAUAAAAAAUAUGAACUAAAAAUUAA